AGCGGGGCAGCGGCGCAGCCCGGGGCAUGGCGGGCCUGGGCGCCCCGGAGCCGGGCAGCGGCGCCGGCCCCGUCCCGGCCACCCGGGUGGAGCUGACGGUGUCCUGCAGGCAGCUCCUGGACAAGGACACCUUCUCCAAGUCGGACCCGCUGUGCGUGCUGUACACCCAGCGCCCCGGCAGCCGCCAGUGGCGCGAGUUUGGCCGGACCGAGGUCAUCGACAACUCCCUGAACCCCGACUUCCUGCGCAAGUUCGUCCUCGACUACUUCUUUGAGGAGAAGCAGAACCUCCGCUUUGACCUGUACGAUGUGGACUCCAAAAGCCCCGACCUCUCCAAGCAUGAUUUCCUUGGCCAGGCCUUCUGCACCCUGGGCGAGAUCGUGGGCUCAGCCGGCAGCCGCCUGGAGAAGCCCCUGACGAUGGGGACAGUGACCACGCACGGCCGGGGCAGAAGACCCGCUCCGGCUGUCUCCAAUGGCGGCAUCCCCGGGAAGAAGUGCGGCACCAUCAUCCUCCUCGCCGAAGAGCUGGGCAACUGCCGGGACGUGGCCACGCUGCAGUUCUGCGCCAACAAGCUGGACAAGAAGGAUUUCUUCGGCAAAUCCGACCCCUUCAUGGUCUUCUACCGCAGCAACGAGGAUGGGACCUUCACCAUCUGCCACAAGACGGAGGUGGUGAGGAACACGCUGAACCCGGUGUGGCAGGCGUUCACCAUCCCGGUGCGCGCCCUCUGCAACGGCGACUACGACAGAGCCAUCAAAGUGGAGGUGUACGACUGGGACCGUGACGGCAGCCACGACUUCAUCGGGGAGUUCACCACCAGCUACCGGGAGCUGGCACGGGGGCAGAGCCAGUUCAAUGUCUACGAGGUGGUGAACCCCAGGAAGAAGAUGAAGAAGAAGAAGUACCUGAACUCGGGGACGGUGACACUGCUGUCCUUCGCCGUGGAGUCCGACCACACCUUCCUGGACUACAUCAGGGGCGGGACCCAAAUCAACUUCACGGUGGCCAUCGACUUCACCGCAUCCAACGGGAACCCCUCGCAGUCCACCUCGCUGCACUACCUGAGCCCCUACCAGCUGAACGCCUACACCAUGGCCCUCAAGGCGGUGGGCGAGAUCAUCCAGGACUACGACAGCGACAAGAUGUUCCCAGCCCUCGGCUUCGGCGCCAAGAUCCCGCCGGACGGACGCGUGUCCCAUGAGUUCCCGCUGAACGGUGACGUGGCCAACCCAGCGUGCAGCGGCAUCGAGGGCGUCCUGGAGGCGUAUCACCGCAGCCUGCGCAGCGUCCAGCUCUACGGACCCACCAACUUCGCCCCCGUGGUCAACCACGUUGCCCGCUCGGCGGCAGCGGUGCUGGAUGGGUCCCAGUACUUUGUGCUGCUCAUCAUCACCGACGGCGUCAUCUCGGACAUGGCACAGACCAAGGAGGCCAUCGUCAACGCUGCCAAGCUCCCCAUGUCCAUCAUCAUCGUGGGGGUCGGCCAGGCUGAGUUCGACGCCAUGGUGGAGCUGGAUGGGGAUGACAUUCGCAUCUCCUCCCGUGGGAAGGUGGCGGAGCGUGACAUCGUGCAGUUUGUCCCUUUCCGUGACUACCUGGACGGGGGGGACAGCCCGGUGCUGAGCAUGGCACGCCUGGCCAAGGAUGUCCUGGCCGAGAUCCCUGACCAGUUCAUCUCCUACAUGAAGGCACGCGGCAUCAAACCCCAGCCGGCGCCCCCCAGCCCCGACCCACCCGGCCCCCCAGUGCCCCCCCAGCCCUGACCGCACCUGGCUGGCACCCCGUGUCCCCCCCACCCCAGCCCUGGGCCUUGGAUGUUUUUCUGAGCCCCCUCUUUCCUUUUUCAAGGGAUAAAAGGCAGCAGCACCCUGCCAGGGCCCUGGGGGGUCCUGUCCCACCCCACUCCAUGUGUGUCCCCCCAUAAAUCACCUUUUCUGGGGUCCCCGGGGGGUCAGGGAUGGAGGCGCUGGCGCUGGUGUUGGCCAAGCACUCUUGGCAGUGGUGGACCCCCCCCAUAUCCAGCCCAGACCAUCACAGCUCACCCCAUCCUGGCACACCUUGGACUGGUGCUGAGGACCGCAUCCUGCCCCCCCCCAAAAGGGGCAAGGGGUCUCCAGCUCUCCCACCUACCCUUUUCCCCCCCUCCCGAGGUGUGGGGUCCCCUCUGGUGGCCCCAGUGACAUUCAGAGCAUCCCCAGCCCCGCAGAGGUGAUGCAUGCCCCCCCCCCCGCCCCAGCCCCAUAGGCACCCCCCAUCCUCCGGCAGCAAGUGCCGGCCCCUCCUGGGGAGGGGGGGCAGGUCUGUUUGUGUGUGUCCCCCCACCCUCCACUUUUCUAUUUGCAUGGACAGCCCCCCUCCGUGCCCCCCCGCACUGUCGCCUGUGCAUCUGCUGUGGGUUUGUAUUGAGUUGCCUUAAACCGGAAUAAAUUAUAGCCUUUUU